GCCAGCUUUAAUUACAUGGAAAUCACUUUUCUCUCCAGCGAUUGACUGAAAAACUGUAAGGUCUUAGUAGCAAAAAGCCUGUUAGGAAAAUAAUUAAUCCUCAUUAUGCUAGCGCUGUUCCUUUGACGAAAAACCACCAAAUGUGAGCAUGUCUAUUUGUGCUUAUUCAUUGUCCUGCAGACAAUUACAAAACGCAAAAGUAUAACGCUGAUUUUUUAAAAGAUAAAUGAGUAGUUGAUAAGUCUGCAGUGGAAAAUCUUUCUUUCCUCCUAACUCAGCAUUUUCUGUAAAACUGAAUUGAAAUGUCUGCCAGCUGCCAAGCCUAAAUAUGGUGUUUUAUAAAUCGUUUUCAAAUGCACAUUUGUAUCUAUUAUCCUCGGCUUGCUGGGAUCUACUUGCAGACAGGUGGACGCAGCAUUUGCCUCAAUACGCCGCAAAAUGAAAAUUUAUAAUGACCUCGGAAGUUGGGUUUAAUUUUUAAAAAUCUAUAUGAAACCGCACUUGCUAAAAAUAAUUCCCCAUUGCCCGUAUUUUUGUAUGGGGAGCGAAAAACGUUUCAAGCGUCUGAGUUAGUAAAGCUGCAACACUACACUCAUUUUUUCUGCUAACUAUAUUAAUUUGAAUGGGACUCCCGUUUAGAUAACCCUAACUGCGCUAACAUCUAAGAAAGGCACUUAAAUAGACAGCUAAUUCUGUGCGCCGUCAGCAGGGAAAGGACCUCUGAGUUUAUAACGCGCCGGAAGUUUAAGAGGGUAUCAGCGGGAGACGAGUUCUAACAAGCUGUUAAGGGUAAAAUAAAAUCUUAAAAUUUCUAGUAAUUGCUAUAGCCGAAUGUGAGGUUCCGAGGUUCUGUUUAUUUGAUUUUUUUUCUCCUACGUGGUUUUUCCCAGGCGGGUUGGUACCCAGGGACUCAGAGAAGAUAGCUCUGCCGAGCGCAAAGUCUGCUCCCUUUUAGACAGUGGCCAGUAUCGUUCUUCCUUAUUGUUUCAAUCUGCCUUUUUUUUUGUUAGAGCUACCAGGUCUGCACUGCACAAAUCCGGACGACCCGUAGAUGGCAGUAAAGAAAAUUUCCUGUAUCUCUGCCUUCAACUGUAGGUUGUUUGGAUUCUUGUAGACCAGAUAUCAUAGCUCUUUUUUUUUUUUUUUUUGAGCUUUGAUGGAAGAGUGAGCCAUAGGUACAGCUAACAUACCUGAAAAUGUUGCAGUUCUUUAAGUUGACUAAUUGGCAACCUGUUGCUUCUUUUAUUUUUUCACCAUGGUUUUCCCAAAACAAAGCUAACAACUGGAUUAUUAAAAUAACAGAUCAUAUGUGUCUUGUUCCCAACAGCUAUGUGAGAAUGGCCUCUUUAAGGGUGCCUGUCAUUGAUGUCCAGGAUGAGAAUUUCAAGGAGCUCUGGCCAUCCAUGCUCUUGGCUAUCAAAACUUCUAGUUUUAUUGCUGUUGACACGGAACUUAGUGGGCUUGGAACAAGGAAGAGUUUGUUGAAUCAGUGUAUUGAAGAACGAUAUAAAGCGGUUUGCAGUGCUGCUAGAACACGCUCUAUUUUGUCUCUUGGAAUUGCUUGUUUCAAAUACCUCCCUGACAAGACGGAGAACACGUACCUUUCCCAGAUCUACAACCUGACCCUGCUCUGUAUGGAUGAUUAUAUAAUUGAACCACAGUCAGUUCAGUUCCUGGUGCAACAUGGCUUUGACUUCAACAAGCAGUAUUCUCAGGGCAUUCCAUAUCAUAGAGGCAAUGAUAAGGGAAAUGAAAAUCAGAGCCAGACAAUCCGUACUUUUUUCCUGGAAAUAAUUCGAGCAAGGAAACCUAUUGUUCUGCACAAUGGUCUAAUUGAUUUAGUCUUCCUCUACCAGUGCUUCUAUGCCCAUUUACCUGACAAUCUGGGCACUUUCAUUGCCGACCUUUCAGAGAUGUUCCCAGCUGGCAUCUAUGACACCAAAUAUGCCUCAGAAUUCGAGGCACGCUUUGUAGCUUCUUACCUAGAGUAUGCCUAUAAGAAGUGCAAACGAGAAAACUUCAGGUUGAAAGACUCCAAGAAACCAUAUCUCAGCAUAGAAUUCUGCAACUAUCCUGCCAGCAUAGAUGCCUAUGUUGAAUACAGAUUCUGCUCUCUGCCUGAUGUCAGCCAGGCUCAAACUGACAUUGCUAACAAAAUUGUCAUCUGCCAGCCAUUUUCGGCUUAUGGCUGGUGCCCAGAUGGGCUGAAAUGUGCACAGUCUCACAAUAUUGAUCUGAUAAUUAAUGAGGAUGAGAAUCAAAAAGAAGAGAAGCGGAAGACAAGAAAGCAAAAAUGGAAACGGCGGAAGAACUUAGCAGAGUCAACAAAAGAAGUUGAAUUGAACAGCCCCGUGAAAGAUGUAAAGUUGGCUUGGAAUAAGGAAAAAGAUUCCCCUUCCAAACAGUCUUGUCCUAGUAACUUUAUUGCUCCUAUUGCAGAUAGUGCAGAUGCAGAAAGACUGUCUGGUAAUGAGGAGAAUUCAAUGGAUGUGGAACAAGAACCAGUUUCCAACAGUGGAGCUGAUGCUAGUGUUGAAGGAAAUGCUGCCAUUGCCACAGAUAAUGAGUGUGUCGUUUCCUCACUACUCAAAGACUGCCAGCAGGAAAAGGCAAUAGGAAGUGAAGGAGCAGAGCCAAAAGCCCCAUUACAGAGUGAUUCUGCAGUGACCUCUUUGCCUGUCACAGGUAAUGUAGCACCACCUAACUGUUCACGUGGGAGUAUUCACCGGGCUGGCUUUGAUGCCUUCAUGACAGGUUACGUUAUAGCGUACGUGCAGAUGCUGAAGAACGAUAAACAGAGAAACUCAGAUGAAGGGCCUUGGUUGCCAGACUGCCACAACAAACUGUACCUUAGUGGAAAGUCUAUGCCUCUGCAGAUUGUGAAAAGUUUGUUUUCUAAAUCCUCCAAAGCCCACAAUCAAAAGAUGAAAUUGGUAUGGGACAGUAGUUAGAAGCAGAUGCCGUGCUACUCAGGAUGACAGAUAAUGCUAUUCCCAGCAGUUGUUUUCUUGAAGCCACAAUCCUCAGAGAUGCUAUACAGACAUUAUAGGAAUUGAUAGAAUAAGUGCAGCAGCCUGUAUGCGGAUUUAAUUUUAAAUGUUUGCAAAAUUAUGUAUUGAAUUUUCCCAUGAAGGAUAGAACUUUUAUACUGCAGAUGAAGCAUUUCUUUUCAAAUACUUAAGAAAGCUGCACAAGGCUCAUGCACCACUUUGAAAGUUGUUCCCCACUUGUAUGUGCACACACACGAGAUGCCUCUUUUGGAGUGGUUGUGCUGUACAUGCGUGAGACAGCUGGGGUCAGCUUUCAGAGCAGUCUUGUAAACUUUCAGCUGCCUUAACAAUUCAGAGAGAUGCUUUAUUUGUACCAAUGGGCACUGUGGAAAUGCUUUUUCAGAUGCCUUGUACCAUCCUCCAUCCUAAUGUUCAUAAGGUCAGGUAGCUGGCUCCAUCCCCUGCUCUCUGACUUCCACAUAUUCAGCAGGUAUUGUGAAGGAGUUAUUAUGGUUUUCCAUGCAAUCUAGCACCUGCUUUAUUAGGCUUUCAGAUUGCACAGAGAGCAGUACUUGUGUUUAAGCAAAUGGAAGUAUAGCUUCUCUUCAGACCACCCAGCUCCCACAAACAUUUUCAUGUUUUACAGAUGGCUUGUAGAUAACCACUAUAAGGGAUCACUUGGCCUUAGACUAACAAAGGUGACAAGCUUGUAUUUCACUAACAAUGGAAUGUGGAGCAAGCAACCUAUUAAAGCACUAUCCACAUGUAUUUGAAAAUCUGCACUGAAGACAGCCCACUGACACCUAUUUGAGUCAUAUUCUUCCUUCAUUCACUGGCAAGGAUGAGGUAGAGUGAGUUUUUCAACAUACAUGAGUUUGUCUGAAAGAUGUGGAAUGCAUUCCUGAAAUUACUAGCCAAAGUUCAUGAAAUUUUGUGAGGCCUUUUGUAUUGGGGAAUGGGAAUGGGAAUGCAAAUGUGGUGUACCAAAUAGAAAUUCAUCUAUUUUUAUAGUAGCACAAAGGGAGAUUGCAGCCAUCUAAAUCAACCACACAUCUCUCAAGGCUUGGGAAAUCUAAUUGAGUCUAGACUACCAUAACAUUUGAUGAUAUAUGAUUUUUGUAUUAGUUUGUUAUAAACAAACACUCAUGGCUUCUCCUCUUUCUGGAUAUCCUUUGGAAAGAUGCCUUCUAGAUUGUCCUUACACAUUUUACAUUGCACUGUUUUGUUUUUAAUUAUUUUUUCUAAAAAAUCCUGAAGUUGGGAUAACAAAAAGUUAAGGAAGAGAUAAGGAAUUAAAGCCAAAUUGCUUGAUACCUUUUUCACAGUUUUUCUGCUGUCUUAUUUUUCAAAUGCAUAUUAAGCUACUUACCUAUUGAGAAAAAACAUUAAUGCAGGAUGGAGAUGGAAAGUUAUAAAUCAAUAUCUGGAAGGCCAUAUGCUCUCAGCCCUGUUCUAGUAUAAUAAUUCAAAGGGAUGUAAAUAUCUGUAUUCUCAGCCAUCACCAAUCUUUAUUUAAAUAAAGUAUUGGUGUUUCACUUAUCAAAUAAUGUCUUCAUAUCUCAAAAUAUUAUUUGACAGACUAGAGGCUUUUUACCUGUUAAUCUAUUAUUGCAAGGCUUAUUGCAAUACAGAUCACAUAGUUAUGUAUUUCAGUUACACACAACAAAACAGAGUAAUGAGAUCUCCUGGAAACUAGAAAAUGAUUGAUUUAUCAGUCUAUCUGUUCCAGAUACAUUGCUGGAAAGCAUUAUUUGAUAACAUUAGUGGGGCCAAUGAUGUACAACCUUUUAAAAACUGCUGAGUUGGGAAGAGCAAUGAAGUAGCUAAAGCUUGUCAUUAAUACUAAAUCAGGAAAAAAACUCAGGCUAACUGGAUAGCUCUAGCCAGAUGUUAUCAACAUGUGGGAAUGGUUAGCAAAAUGGCAAAGAAAAUUUGAAAUAAAUGUAAAGUGAUGCAACAAUAGCACAGAAAUAAAUUUUAGAUAAAUGUUAAUGCUUACAAAUCUUAUUCCAGGAAUGACUUCAGAAGGAAUUGAAUAAAAC